GCGAGAGUCCGUCGUCUCCUUCGGCUGCCCCAGUCUCCCCACUCUCCGUUUACUCGCUCCCAAAUCGUAAACCCUAGCCUGGCCGUGCGAGAACAGCCCCGGGGUUGAUGCCAUGGGCGCAAGCAGGAAGCUGCAGGGCGAGAUCGACCGCGUCCUCAAGAAGGUCCAGGAGGGCGUUGACGUCUUCGACAGCAUCUGGAACAAGGUUUACGACACCGAAAAUGCGAACCAAAAGGAGAAGUUCGAGGCGGACCUCAAAAAGGAGAUCAAGAAGCUGCAGCGGUACAGAGACCAGAUCAAGACGUGGAUCCAGUCCAGCGAGAUCAAGGACAAGAAGGUUAGUGCCUCUUAUGAGCAGGCUCUUAUGGAUGCCCGCAAGCAGAUCGAACGCGAGAUGGAACGAUUUAAGGUCUGUGAGAAGGAGACUAAAACCAAGGCCUUCUCGAAGGAAGGGUUAGGUCAACAACCAAAAACUGAUCCCAGAGAGAAGGCUAAAGCUGAAACAAGAGAUUGGCUUAACAGUGUGGUUAGUGAUUUGGAAAAUCAGAUCGAUAAUUUUGAAGCAGAGCUUGAGGGACUUUCAUUUAAGAAAGGAAAACAAAGACCUCCUCGAUUGGUACAUUUAGAGAAAUCUAUUACGCGACAUAAAGCUCACAUAAAAAAAUUGGAGUCAAUCCUGAGACUUUUGGAUAACGAUGAGUUGAGUCCUGAGCAAGUGAAUGAUGUUAAAGAUUUCCUAGAAGACUAUGUUGAACGUAAUCAGGAAGAUUUUGAUGAAUUUAGUGAUGUCGAGGAUCUCUAUAGCACAUUACCUAUGGAGAAGGUUGAAGCACUUGAAGAUAUGGUUUCACUUGCUCCUUCCAGUCUUAUUAAGGGUGUUGCUGCUGUUUCUACUACUGCAGUAUUGAGUACAAAGAGUCCAGUAGCAACUUCACCUACUCAGGCUACUAUAUCAACAACCUCACAAAGUACUUCUCAAGAUCAAGCAGAGGAAACAGCUUCGCUAGAAAGCAAUCCUGAAUUGGUGCCACAAACACCACCUCCGAAAGGUGGAAAUCUGGGACCUUCAGUGCCAGUUGUGCCCACUGUGAUCAGUACCAGCAUUGCAGCUGUUUCAGUUCCGGCAGAUACCAUUAGUUCCCCAGGCCCUGUACGACUUACUGUUCCUCCCACCGUACCUGCAAUAUUUUCUGCUUCUGCCACUGUUCGAAGUGCUCCAGAGAGCAUACCUGCUGUUACUUCAAUUCCUGCAAAUGCAUCAAGUGCCUUGAAGGAUGAGGAUAGCAUGAACUUUCCUCCACGUAGAUCAUCUCCUGCAAUUACCGAAAUUGGACUUGGCAGGGGUAUUACCCGUGGGUUAACUAGUCAGACAUUAGGUGCUGCUCCCAUAAGUGUAGUUCCAGUUCCAGUUCCAGGAAAUGGUUCGAUCAGUGCAGUUCCGGCAAUAAAUGACUUGUCCAAAAGAAACACAUUGAGUACUGAUGAGAGAGUCAACAGUGUUGGUCUUUCUCAGCAACUGAUUUCACCUCUUGGUAAUAAAGUUCAACCACAGCCGGUACCGAGGACUAAUGAUGCAACUAAUUCUGAUUCUAACAAUCAAAGUGAAAGUGCCAUGCUUGGAGGGAGAGUUUUUUCUCCUCCAGUUGUUUCUGGGGUUCAAUGGCGGCCUCAAGCUCCUGCUGGUUUUCAAAAUCAAAGUGAAACCGGUCAAUUUCGUGGAAGACCUGAGCUUGCUGACCAAAGGGAGAAGUACUUACAAAGAUUGCAGCAAGUACAACAGCAGCAAGGAAACCUUCUUAAUGUUUCUAAUAUAACGGGGAUAAAUCAGAAGCAAUUCUCGACACAGCAGCCAAAUUCCCUUUUACAACAGUUUAAUUCUCAGAAUUCCUCCUCCUCCUCCCAAGCAGGCCUUGGGCUAGGGGGUCAGGGACAAGAUAAUGUGCAUACAAAAAGUGAAGAGCAACAAGGUAUGACUGAAGAUAUCAGUGUGGAGUCUGCUGCAACUACUGGAGCCAACAAAACCACCAACGAAGAUGACACGAAGACUCCAUAUUCGAAUCCUUCAGCGUCCAUAGCAGAAGGUACCCAGCUAUCUAGAGACUCUGAUUUAUCACCCGGGCAGCCUUUGCAACCUGGUAUGCCAUCAUCUGGUGUCGGUGUUAUUGGCCGGAGGAGUGUAUCCGAUUUUGGUGCAAUUGGAGAUAAUCUCAGUGGAACUUCUGCGGCAUCUGGUCAUGAUCAGCUUUAUAAUUUGCAAAUGCUCGAAGCUGCAUACCACAGGCUUCCACAACCAAAGGACUCUGAACGUGCGAAAAAUUAUAUUCCGCGGCAUCCUUCAGUGACCCCUGCCAGUUAUCCACAAAUUCAGGCACCAAUUGUUACAAAUCCAGCCUUUUGGGAAAGAAUUGGUAGCGAUGCAUUAGCCACAGAUAUGUUAUUCUUUGCCUUUUAUUAUCAACAGAACUCGUACCAGCAGUACUUGGCCGCUAGAGAACUAAAGAAGCAGUCAUGGAGAUUUCACAGGAAGUACAAUACUUGGUUCCAACGGCAUGUGGAGCCACAAGUUACAACAGAUGAUUAUGAGCGGGGAUCCUAUGUCUACUUUGAUUUCCAUCUCUCGGAUGAUGGCAAUGGAUGGUGCCAAAGAAUCAAGAACGACUUCACAUUUGAAUACAACUUCCUUGAGGAUGAACUGUCAGUACAACCAAACUAGGGUGUCAUGGCACAGUAGAGGGCUAAUCAAAGCGUUUUGAUCAAUCCAACUAUUGUAAUUUUCAGAAUUGGACUGUUGGGAUCUAGAAGUCGUCUUACAAAUACCCCUGUUGUAAGUUGUAACCUUGUGGGUGAAUUUAUAGCUGCUCUGUGCAUUCCUGAAUUUAGAUCCAGUUCUCCUAGAAACUAGGGACUAGUCAUGUUCACAAAAUAUGAUAGCUUUCAAUAAAGGACUUAAUGUAACA